AGUUGUCACUCAAGCAGAGCUUGCGCGGCGAUUGGCUGGAGUGGGCGGACCGGCAGGUGUCCUACGCUCUUAGAGAGGCAGGGUUAGGAGAAGGUGAUCAAUCUCCAUCCGUCUACAUUAGCAAUCACCUUAAACUAGUGACAGACACGAACGAGAAAGCCAAAGCAAAUGAUUUUGAUGUAUUUGCUUCUAAACCCCGGGAACACACUCUAAAUAGACUACAGCAAGUCCAGCACGUGCGUCAUACCAACAUUGCUGUGUAUCUGCAGUUUGAGGAGAGUUUUAUACGAAAUUUAUUUGCUGAGGUUCUCCUGCCGAUUUGACUUCCUAAAGCCUUCCACUGGUGGAUAUUUUUUAUCGUCUGCUCAGACUACAAAAUUCCAGAGGAGGAGAAGGACGGUGUGUUUUGAGGAGAAAAAAGUAACAUAAAUUGGGUCCGUCCUUCGUCAAACUGCAACAUCGGGGGAAAUCGAACUAUUGGCAAGAUCUGGGGGGACCCGUGACUGCCUCUAGCAUGAUGUCAUACCUCAAACAGCCCCCCUACGCCAUGAACGGCCUGGGGCUGAGCGGCGCGGCCAUGGACCUACUGCACCCGUCCGUCGGAUACCCAGCAACGCCCAGAAAGCAGCGGCGGGAGAGAACGACAUUUACGCGCUCACAGCUUGACAUUCUCGAAGCGCUCUUUGCCAAAACGCGUUAUCCGGACAUAUUUAUGAGAGAGGAGGUGGCAUUGAAGAUCAACCUUCCCGAGUCCAGAGUUCAGGUGUGGUUUAAGAAUCGGCGUGCUAAAUGUCGUCAACAGCAGCAGAGUGGUAGUAGCACUAAAGCUCGGCCUGCGAAGAAGAAAUCCUCACCCACCCGGGAGAGCACAGGCUCUGAGAGCAGCGGCCAGUUCACCCCUCCUGCCGUCUCCAGCGCUGGCUCCUCAUCCUCCUCCUCUUCCUCCACAAAUAACACAGGCAUCAGUAGCACCUCUACCUCUAUCAGUACUGUCUCCUCAAUCUGGAGCCCUGCCAUUUCUCCAGGCUCAGCACCCCCAUCUGUGUCCCUGCCGGAGCCCGUCGCUCCCUCAAACACCUCCUGCAUGCAGCGUUCCGUCUCAGGCACAGCCAGCUCCACCUACCCCAUGCCCUACAACCAGACAACUGGCUACAGCCAGGGCUACCCGACUCCGUCCGGUUCUUACUUCAGCGGGGUAGACUGUGGCUCCUAUUUGGCUCCCAUGCACUCUCACCACCACCCUCAUCAGCUCAGCCCUAUGACGGCCUCGUCCAUGCCUACACACGCCCAUCACCACAUCAGCCAGUCCUCAGGACACCACCAUCAUCACCACCAGGCCUACAGUGGCACUGGGCUGGCCUUCAAUUCCUCUGACUGCCUGGAUUACAAGGAGCAAACGGCCUCCUCCUGGAAGCUCAACUUCAACACUACAGACUGUUUGGACUACAAAGACCAAGCAUCCUGGAGGUUCCAAGUCUUGUGAUCUGAUUUAUUAUUUUUUUCUUUCCAAUAUGCCCUCCAUUUUCACCAUCUCUCUGUUUUAAUAGUGUGCUGAGUUUAAGGAAUAAAUAUAUAUGGACUUGCAGAUUUUAACAAAAUAGUUAGAUGUUCAUCACAUUUUUAAAAGUGAGCCCCUUUUUAAGAGGAAAGAACGCGGAAAAUGGCAAAGUCACAAAGGGAAAUGAAAACUAUAGUUUUUCCCUUUUUGUCCCCGAAGAGACUUGACUAGAAAUCCUCGACGCCCCUCAGUUCUGGUUCUGAAUUGUUCUGCCGGACUCGCGUCACACUCCUGCCUGAUCUGGAUUACCGCUUUUCUACACGGGACACUGAACGCUCAGCGACCGUUUUACCUCCACCUCUCACACCCUGUACAGCUGUUUUCGUUUUCUAAAUAUGGUUAUUUUUUAGGACGACAGAUUCUAGUCAGCUUAACGGAGCUGAAUUGUGUACAUAUGUAUUUGGGUCAGUUACAUUGACCAUAUUUAGUUGGUGUUACUGGAUUUCAAAUGGUUUAAUAAGACUUUGAAGCGACUUUAUGUAAAUCUUUUUCCCAAAUAAUCCAAAGAUCAAGAAUUGGCCGCUGGACAUAUUUGAUAUACUGAAAACCAAUUUUUGUUACCCUGAAAAAAAUAAAUAAAUAGGAUUUUAUAUUGAGAACAUAAUGUGGGGAAAAUACAUUUUGGAGAGAAAAAAGGAAAUUUAAUUACACGUUGGACAUUUUAGAUCGGGGGCAUAUUUGGCUGUGAUAUUCCAUUGAAUAGGUGAUCUAGAAUUUGAAGAUUUGUUGCGGUGAAAAAGCACGAGCAUGAUUACAAUUGUUGGAUGCAUUUAACAGCACUUGACUUAAUUGCUCUAACCGACAAAAAAAUCAUGUGGAUGAGAAAAUGUGGUUUUACAGAAUAAUUCCCAAAUGCCAGUGAAAAUGCUGAAUGUACUGCAGGCGCAGACCAUUACAUUCAUGUCCGUAAUAAAGAUCAAAAUUUCACAUGACUUCUGACUGGGGUAUAUGCGAUUUUUAACUCCCAGAAUUUACUCUUGUUGCAAAUGUUUUCAAUUUUCAACGAACGAAUAAAUAAGUAAAAAUACUACAAUAAACGCACAUG